AUGGCACUAUCACAACAAAACACUCAUCCUAUUACCACCACCUCUUCCCUAUCACUUCCUAAACUCUGUAAAAAGACCGAUACCCAUAAAAUAGAAAACCUUGUUGAGUAUUCUUAUGUUCCAGAAGAUGCUCAAAUUUCCGAAACAGUACCUCCCCUUUUAAGCCCUUAUAAUAUCUUCAAAAAACAAAGAACAAUUACCAGAUCCAUCAGAAACCUAAUCUCUACCAAUCGCCCUCAUAUGAAAGAAUACGUUCAGUCAUCUCGACUAGAUCAAUGUAGUUUGAGAGCAACAAACCAAGAGCAGUAUGUGGAUUUAGAGAUUCCUCAGAGUCUCAUAAAUCACUGGAAAUCUGAAGGAUACACAGCUUUACAUUUUGGAGCAGUUAGACUCAUCCUCUCUCUCCAUGGAAGGAAAAAUCAGCCUGUCUUCUGCAAAAUAGCUCUCCUGGAUUCGAGCUAUCUCCAUUAUGAAAAUGCUGUCAUAGGGACUGUUCUGACCUCACUUCAUGCGGGAAGCGUUGUUCUUACUGUUUUUCCAAAUUAUAAUGUAAGCCUCAACGACAGCACCCUAUCUACAAGACUAAAGGUCCAAGUCCAAAUCACUGGAUCUGACCAAGUUCCAGAGGCCAUGUCUGCUACUCUCCAUCACCAAAUAAUCUAUCGCCUACAAAAUCAUUCGAUAGAUUUGCCUCUCACGGGAUGUUUUUCUGAUUCUCUGUUAGUAGUUACUAAUAGAGAAGAAGAUAUACCCUCUAUUGUUCAGAUUCCAAGAAAGAUCACGAGGGAAGAACUAACUCAGUUAAUUCCUCUUGAGUGGAUAACAAACUAUGAAAAAAUCCAUCAAGAUAGAAGACAAAUACAAUCUCAAGAGGCCACCUUUAGAAGAUCUGUUGACAAAACGGUCAAAACAAUUUUCAAAAAACCAGAUGAAGGACCGAGUUCAAUUCCUCCUAUUUUCCAAACCAUGAUGAUCCGACCAAUUCUCAAAGAAGAUUGGUGCCCAAUUCAUGCUGUAACUAGUAAAGGAGAACCUAUCUACACUGACAAGAUAAAUGGUCAUUUUAUUUGGGACGUAGAUCCCAAUAAAUGUGAUCCAGGAUGUGAAUGUUGGAUGCAUGAUAAUGAUUAUGACAGAGAUAUUAUCCUUCCAAAAAGGAAAAACAACGGGGCGUGCAAACCAUCUCCCCCUCCACAAAGAAGAUAUGAUCCCGAUAACGGUCCAUGGGUAGGUAUCCAUGAUAAAAAGAAACCUCUUCCUAUUUAUGAGGAAGCUCUCAAGAUCCUCAGGAAAGAAAAAUUGUUGCCACCAAAUGAUCCUACUCUGGUUACGUGGUCACCGUCAGACUACUGCAAAGUUUUGGACCCUCCAAAAAAUGUGGAGUUAAUCCCUUGCUUUAUGUACUCAACUACCGCACCAGAAUAUAGCCAACAAUUUCCCGCUCUAGAAAGGAAGAUGGACCCAAUCACUGGUAGAACAUCCAAACCCUUCAUUCAUCCUAAUGAAGUACAACCCGAUGGAAAACUCAAACCUUUAACUCAGGCUGAAGAAGUUCUAAACUGGCAAUCAGAAAACAUGAUUUCUCAAAAUGAUAUCCUCCAAAAUCUCGACAAAAAAGUGGACAAGAUUGCUGAGAGAAUAGACGAGACAGAUGAUUAUCUCAAGGUUCUAUCACAGAAAAUGCAGAAGCAUUCCAGAAGCUUAAAGGCCCAGGUGUCUCAGCUGGAUCGUGAUUUGCGACAGAUGUUAGAAGAGAGAACUUUUGGCAAAAAUUUUGACCAAAAGGAAAGAGAAAUCAGAAACCUACAAGGCCAAGUAAAAGAAAUAGAUGAUUUCUUAAGAGCUUCACACGAAAGAAAGCCCAAGCCUGUUGAAAACCUUUUCCUUGACCCUCCUACUUUCCCUACAUAUUUCAAACGACCAGAAAGACCUUCUCCCUUCUUCCCUACCUAUGUUACUUCACCACCAGAUCAGGUCAAAUACAUACCUACAGCUUACAGACCAAAAUCUACCAGAACUACCGUUACCUCAACCUCCAAGAAAAAAGGAAAGGCUGCCUGUUUAAGCGCUUCAUCCUCAGAAUCCCAGGAUUUUCCUGAAACACCUCCUCCAAAAUUCCAAAAAGAAGAAGAAAUUCCUGAUAAAGGUUUCCAAGCCAUGGCAAUCACUGGAAAUUGUGAAUUUCCCCAGAAAAGUUACUCUCUUGCUGAAUCAUCGGCACAAAAAAAAGACGAGUCCUCCUCGGAUGAUGAAAAAGACUCCUGUCAAGAAACGUCUAGUGAUGAAACACCAAGAUCCUUUUCAUCAGAAUCACAAUCUGAAGUAAACUACAUCCCAAGACUCUUCAUGGCAAAUAUAAAAGAGGAAGAUUCAUUUUUUGAAGAAUCUCCUGAAGAAACUCUAGUCCCUGAAAGGACUAAACCAAAUGGUGGUCCUUGGUUCACAUUUGAUGAUAUACCGCCUAGUCGUUGGAGAAAGAGACUACUUGAAUUUGGAGCAUGGCUUGAUACCCAAAUGAUGAAAACAAAUGCAGAUAGCUAUAAGGUCAUUGAAGAAUUUUGCUGUAGAAUGACAGGCACGAUGAAGGAAUGGUAUCACAAUCUUGGGGCUUUCAAACAAGAUGAGUUACACCGUUUAGAAAGCACAGCCAAUAUCCUUGGUGUACUCCACCAGGAGUUUAUCGGAGAUAUGGAUAUGUUCGAUAGAAAAAAUAGGCAGGAAUUCUUUGAGAUGAAGUGUUGUUCCCUAAAAACAAAAGACCUCGACAAACACUAUCACAGGAUGGCACAAAGGUUUUAUCUCCUCAAUGGGUACAACGAUCCUAGUCUCAAGAAUACUUAUGUAUCAUCUCUACCACAUGAACUCCAGCAAGAAAUCCAUAGGAUGGUAGCAACAGCUAAAAAGGAUAUUGCAACAAUGAGUCUUGGCCAGAUUCAUCAGGCGACGUUGGAAGCACUUGAAAAGCUUUGUAGCUUUCAUCAUCAAUUUCAAGAAGUUAUACAGCAAAAGUCAAAGUUCACCAAGGCCUGCAAAAAACCUUAUCUGGAGAUUAAGUGUAAAGACAAAAAGUGCAGUUGUGAAACAAAAAAGAAACAUCAUCAUCAAAAAUACUCCAAAUCUCAUAGGAACUUUAAAGGAAAGAAAAAGAAGACCAUGAAGUUCUUUAAAAGAAAAUCUUUCAGAGGAAAGGGGAAAAACCGGAGAUGCUUUAUUUGUGGGAAAAAUGGGCACUUUUCCAAGGAAUGUCCUAAUAAUACCCACAAAGCCGCAAAACUGAUCAACUCUCUUCAACCUCUAGAUGGAGACCUAGAAUCUUUGUAUUCUGAACAAAGUUCUGCUGAUGAAGAAACAAUUUUUGCCCUUCAAGACUCUGCGUCUGAUGAAGCAUCAUUUUCUGAAUCAGAAGAUGACAAAUAUUUCCCUGUUUACUCCUUCAAAGAGAUAGGAAGCUCUCUUCCUACUCCACCACUCCCAUGUAUUGAAGCUCAUGUACUAGCGACAAAGUUUUCCCGUCCGAAGAAAGUUAUAGCUUAUAUGGACACUAGGGCCCAGAUUACAAUGAUGAAUCCUAGCAUUCUCCCAGCAGAAUCAUGGGUAACACAUGCUGCGUACUUUGUAGCAGCAGAUGGGAAAGUCUUCAGGACAGAUUUAAUGACCAAGGAAAAGAUAGGAAUCAAAUUCUUCCCCGACUGCAUAGUUUGGACCAAGGUCAUUGGAAGUAAUCUUCCAAAUAAAGAUAUUGUAGUAGGGAUGGAUGUAUACUCAGCAGCCAAUAGACUCCAGAUUCUUCCCACGGGAUUAAAAUUCAAAAGAGAAUUCAAACCUUAUUCUGGUAUAUUGAAGUUAUAUUCACUAUCUAAAAUCCCUGCUGGAUAUGAAGAAAUCAAGUCCAACCUGCUCAAACUCUGUGCAAACAGCCAUGAAACAUUCUGCCAUCCAAAACCUCUAUGGAAGAAUAAAGACUUUUUUGUUCAACUUCCUUUUAAGCUCAAUGAAGAUGUUAAUCCAACCAAGGCCACUCAUCCAGGAAUGAGUCCAUCAGAUUAUACAUUGGCCAGAGAAGAAUGCAACCAGUUGCUCAAACAAGGUCUGAUAGAACCCACCAAAUCAGAAUGGGCUUGCCAAGCAUUUUAUGUAGAGAAAAGGUCUGAAAAGUUAAGAGGAAAAAAGAGGCUAGUAAUUGAUUAUAAACCUCUAAACCAUUUCCUCAAGGAUGAUAAAUUUCCUAUUCCAAAGGCCUCGUCCUUAAAUGUUUUCAUCAAAGAUGCCCAGAUCUAUUCCAAGUUCGAUCUUAAGUCAGGAUUUUGGCAAUUGGGUAUCGACCCCGAGGACCGUUACAAAACGGCGUUCUGCAUUCCUAACGCCCAAUACCAAUGGACUGUGUUACCAUUUGGGCUUAAGGUAGCUCCAUCACUUUUUCAAAAGGCCAUGACUAGAAUUUUUGAGCCCAUUCUCAAUAGUAUCCUCAUCUAUAUUGAUGAUGUGCUAUUAUUCUCAAAAGAUGAAAAAUCCCAUAAAUAA